GGGUUUGGGUUGCAGUUUCCUUGUGCCGGGGAUCCUGUCCCCUACUCGCCAGCGCCAGGCUCCUCCCCCCCGGCGCGGAUGACACUAGAACCUCCUUAAGUUGCGUCGCGCCACAGCUGUCUGCGAACACUGAGCUGCCUGGCGCCGUCUUGAUACUUUCAGAAAGAAUGCAUUCCCUGUAAAAAAAAAAAUAUAUACUGAGAGAGGGAGAGAGAGAGAGAAGAAGAGAGAGAGACGGAGGGAGAGCGAGACAGAGCGAGCAACGCAAUCUGACCGAGCAGGUCGUACGCCGCCGCCUCCUCCUCCUCUCUGCUCUUCGCUACCCAGGUGACCCGAGGAGGGACUCCGCCUCCGAGCGGCUGAGGACCCCGGUGCAGAGGAGCCUGGCUCGCAGAAUUGCAGAGUCGUCGCCCCUUUUUACAACCUGGUCCCAUUUUAUCCUGCCGUACCCAGUUUUUGGAUUUUUGUCUUCCCCUUCUUCUCUUUGCUAAACGACCCCUCCAAGAUAAUUUUUAAAAAACCUUCUCCUUUGCUCACCUUUGCUUCCCAGCCUUCCCAUCCCCCCACCGAAAGCAAAUCAUUCAACGACCCCCGACCCUCCGACGGCAGGAGCCCCCCGACCUCCCAGGCGGACCGCCCUCCCUCCCCGCGCGCGGGUUCCGGGCCCGGCGAGAGGGCGCGAGCGCAGCCGAGGCCAUGGAGGUGACGGCGGACCAGCCGCGCUGGGUGAGCCACCACCACCCCGCCGUGCUCAACGGGCAGCACCCGGACACGCACCACCCGGGCCUCAGCCACUCCUACAUGGACGCGGCGCAGUACCCGCUGCCGGAGGAGGUGGAUGUGCUUUUUAACAUCGACGGUCAAGGCAACCACGUCCCGCCCUACUACGGAAACUCGGUCAGGGCCACGGUGCAGAGGUACCCUCCGACCCACCACGGGAGCCAGGUGUGCCGCCCGCCUCUGCUUCAUGGAUCCCUGCCCUGGCUGGACGGCGGCAAAGCCCUGGGCAGCCACCACACCGCCUCCCCCUGGAAUCUCAGCCCCUUCUCCAAGACGUCCAUCCACCACGGCUCCCCGGGGCCCCUCUCCGUCUACCCCCCGGCCUCGUCCUCCUCCUUGUCGGGGGGCCACGCCAGCCCGCACCUCUUCACCUUCCCGCCCACCCCGCCGAAGGACGUCUCCCCGGACCCAUCGCUGUCCACUCCAGGCUCGGCCGGCUCGGCCCGGCAGGACGAGAAAGAGUGCCUCAAGUACCAGGUGCCGCUGCCCGACAGCAUGAAGCUGGAGUCGUCCCACUCCCGUGGCAGCAUGACCGCCCUGGGUGGGGCCUCCUCGUCGGCCCACCACCCCAUCACCACCUACCCGCCCUACGUGCCCGAGUACAGCUCCGGACUCUUCCCCCCCAGCAGCCUGCUGGGCGGCUCCCCCACCGGCUUCGGAUGCAAGUCCAGGCCCAAGGCCCGGUCCAGCACAGGCAGGGAGUGUGUGAACUGUGGGGCAACCUCGACCCCACUGUGGCGGCGAGAUGGCACGGGACACUACCUGUGCAACGCCUGCGGGCUCUACCACAAAAUGAACGGACAGAACCGGCCCCUCAUUAAGCCCAAGCGAAGGCUGUCUGCAGCCAGGAGAGCAGGGACGUCCUGUGCGAACUGUCAGACCACCACAACCACACUCUGGAGGAGGAAUGCCAAUGGGGACCCUGUCUGCAAUGCCUGUGGGCUCUACUACAAGCUUCACAAUAUUAACAGACCCCUGACUAUGAAGAAGGAAGGCAUCCAGACCAGAAACCGAAAAAUGUCUAGCAAAUCCAAAAAGUGCAAAAAAGUGCAUGACUCACUGGAGGACUUCCCCAAGAACAGCUCGUUUAACCCGGCCGCCCUCUCCAGACACAUGUCCUCCCUGAGCCACAUCUCGCCCUUCAGCCACUCCAGCCACAUGCUGACCACGCCCACGCCGAUGCACCCGCCAUCCAGCCUGUCCUUUGGACCGCACCACCCCUCCAGCAUGGUCACCGCCAUGGGUUAGAGCCCUGCUCGAUGCUCACAGGGCCCCCAGCGAGAGUCCCUGCAGUCCCUUUCGACUUGCAUUUUUGCAGGAGCAGUAUCAUGAAGCCUAAACGCGAUGGAUAUAUGUUUUUGAAGGCAGAAAGCAAAAUUAUGUUUGCCACUUUGCAAAGGAGCUCACUGUGGUGUCUGUGUUCCAACCACUGAAUCUGGACCCCAUCUGUGAAUAAGCCAUUCUGACUCAUAUCCCCUAUUUAACAGGGUCUCUAGUGCUGUGAAAAAAAAAAUGCUGAACAUUGCAUAUAACUUAUAUUGUAAGAAAUACUGUACAAUGACUUUAUUGCAUCUGGGUAGCUGUAAGGCAUGAAGGAUGCCAAGAAGUUUAAGGAAUAUGGGAGAAAUAGAGUGUGGAAAUUAAGAAGAAACUAGGUCUGAUAUUCAAAUGGACAAACUGCCAGUUUUGUUUCCUUUCACUGGCCACAGUUGUUUGAUGCAUUAAAAGAAAAAAAAAAAAGAAAAAAGAGAAAAGAAAAAAAAAGAAAAAAGUUGUAGGCGAAUCAUUUGUUCAAAGCUGUUGGCCUCUGCAAAGGAAAUACCAGUUCUGGGCAAUCAGUGUUACCGUUCACCAGUUGCCAUUGAGGGUUUCAGAGAGCCUUUUUCUAGGCCUACAUGCUUUGUGAACAAGUCCCUGUAAUUGUUGUUUGUAUGUAUAAUUCAAAGCACCAAAAUAAGAAAAGAUGUAGAUUUAUUUCAUCAUAUUAUACAGACCGAAUUGUUGUAUAAAUUUAUUUACUGCUAGUCUUAAGAACUGCUUUCUUUCGUUUGUUUGUUUCAAUAUUUUCCUUCUCUCUCAAUUUUUGGUUGAAUAAACUAGAUUACAUUCAGUUGGCCUAA